AUGAUCGCAGAGGGGGACUCGCCAGGGACAUUUUUGUCGUUUAAGCAGUCAAAAGUGUUCGUGGAAAUGGAGCAUGUGGACAAAAAUGCAAAAUUUUUGACCAACGUUGAGACGAAUAAACGUGAUGAAGGCGAAGAGAAUGCUGCUAUUUAUCCUGGUAAUGAAUGUGCAAAGGAUCAAGUAUCGGAAAGCACUUGCGUUUCGAAAGAACAAGAUUCUGUAGAUGGCGCGUGCGCUAGCCGUGGUGCCAAUGAAUUCUACUUGAGCAAUGAAACAGCUGGUGAGGGACAUGCGCAAGAAGAAACUUCUGAUUGGAAGAGUGGUCAGCACUCUUUCUUUGAUGAUUAUUUUCCAGUAUCCGGGCGAUCGUAA